GUCGGCGGCGUCAGGUCCUUGCAACGUUCUGGCAAAGUUCUCGGCUGACUGGCUGCGGCAACACGUUCCUGGCUGCUGCGACCAGGUUCUCGAUUGCUGCGACCAGAAUCUUGACUGCUGCGAUCAUUUCUCCACACGGCUUCAUUCCAAUACAAACCGGCAUUCAGCAGAGCUGCGCUUUUUAACAAGCACGCUGUCCAGUCAUCCGAUCCCCCACCACCCCUCCCAUGACGCUUCCACUUUUCCUCUCCGUGCUGUCUUUCGCUGCGUCUGCCCUGGCCGCUGGGAGCAGUGAUGACACCCCGAUCGGAGGAUAUGUGCCUAGUAAAUCGCUCUCGAUCACUGGAGUCGUGUUAUACGGAGUGUCAGCACUCGUGCUGUGGACCCAAUUCGCCCUUGUACGACCGAGACGCCCUUUCAUGCUUACCUUGACUCUUGGAAUGACUGCCAUGACCGUCGGAUUCAUCCUCAGAUACCUCUACGCUACCCCGCCUUUUACGUUGGGCAAGUACAUCGCCUGGGACCUGUUCAUCCUGCUUUCGCCUUGCCUUUUCUUGGCCACAGACUACAUGAUUCUCUCCCGUCUCGCCGCCACGUUCAACCCCGAUGUCGUCUCCCGGUGCUUGGUCAUUCGCCCGACCCGCGUCGUCAGGAUAUUCGUCUGGAGCGACGCCCUCACCUUCUUCUUGCAAAGCUCGGGAGGAGGACUGACCGCCGCCAAGAGUGCGAGCUCCGCCAAGCUGGGAACUACGAUUGCCUUGAUUGGGUUAAUCCUCCAGGCCGUCUCGUUCCUGCUGUUCACGUUCCUCAUGCUCACCUUUGCCUUCCGAGUAUCGAAACACUUCCCCCACGUCUGGCACGCUGAAAACGGCGAGCCUUUAAGGAUUUUCUCUACUCGACCCAUUGGAGACUGGCGGAUUCUCAUCUUCAUGAUGAGCGCUACCUGCGUUGGGAUCUUGACGCGGUCCGUGUUCCGUAUCGUCGAAUAUGCUGGCGGGUACAACGGAUAUGUGGCCACCCACGAAUCGUUCUUCUACAUCUUCGAUGCCCUCCCGCUCUGGCUUUCCAUGUCGCUCUACUGCUUUGUUUGGCCCACGCGGUUCCUUCAUGGACGCGAGGCGAGGGAUGUGCCGCUUGGCACAGACCCCAGUCGCACGAGCUCAUCUAAGCCCGGAGUGGGAUUUGAGUAUUCCAGAGUUAAUGUUUAGGGACAAUGAUCGGCACACCCAGUGUAGAAUCUCGAUGUACGUAGAAAUCGGGCUUGUUGGCACACCACCAACUCUUGCGUCAGAGAUAUCAUUUUGCGGCCAGAAGCUCGCGUACUUUUCAUAUCCUAAGCUCUCUGUCUACUCAUCGCUCCUAAAUACUCCGUCUCAGAAUGCAGUCCUCAUGCAUUGUGCUGAGG